AUUAAAAGGGCCAUGGUAACGUGCUCUUGGCUCGCAUCACCGGGACAUUUGGGUCUUGAUGCUGCGAAGGGGGACGGCGUAGAUUUUUAUCAUUCCCGAUGUGUCAGUGCACUGAAUGCUGAAAGGCCCAGCCGCCCCUUCCUUUCCUCUGAUUUAUACGAUGAUUCCAAUAUGGCAAAACAAACCUUAUGGAUCCUCUCGCAGUGUUGUUCGAAUGAUCGGAUCAAACCUCCCUUUGAAACCGUGUCCUCGAGUUUGUUUUCAGCUUGUUCCAGGACUCACUGCAGCUGAGUCCCUAAAUUCUAUGCAGAAAGAUAAACCAGCUGUGCCAACCUUAGCAGACAUUGCGUGGAUAGCUGCAGAUGAGGGGGAAUCUUUCACCAGGAUGAGAGCUGAUGCCAGACCUUACAGGGAAGAGUGGCACCCUACCCCACUCCUCAUAAUGCACAGAAAUUCAUCAGUCCCCAACUUUCGAAGGGAAGGGAGAAAACUUGAAAGUCUGAAGAAACCGGGUUUAGCUGCUCUGAACCAUACAGUUGCACUUCAAGAUGAGCUUAGUCGUUUGCGAGAACAAAUUGCAAAAAUAGUCGCUGCGCCAGAGACAAAAAUGGAUACUACAUCUGCCCCUCUUACUCCAGAACUUUGUUCUCCUGACACAUCGAGUAUUGCCUGCUCUUUACCAGAUUUUGAAUCCGCAUACCCUCCUUUAGCAUCAUUUACUAUAAAUGAUGAUAUUCCGGAGUCCGACGAGCCAGAAUCUUUGAGUCUCGCAUCCUUUUCCAUUGCUGCUUCAUCAAACUUUGACUUUGACUUUGAAAAUAAGGGGCAGGAUUUAACAAUGAAUGACGAUGCUGACGAUGAGACCUCCUGCCUUUCAAAGUCCACCAGCUUUGCAGACAUGAUGGAUAUUCUGAAAGAUAUGAAUAGGGUUAAAUUAAAUUCGCUGCAGGGGUCCAGGAGAGGCUCUCAGCUUUUGAGAGAGAAUGACCCGUCAGUGCUUAUAUCGGAAGCGUUGAAACGCAAGUUCACAGUUCAAGACAGCUCUAUUUUUAAGAAGGAAGACUGAUCAAAUAAGAUCUUCAAACAUCAAGUAGUAAUCCCUACAAAUUUAAAACCAGGAUGGGAAACUGAGUCACUUGAAAUGGACUGCUUUACUCUCAGCCAGUUCAUACACUCUGUAUGGAAUCCUGCUACUUGGAGCAAGCAUGAUGUGUUGAUCAGAAAAGCGCAUAGUUUUUGCACUCAAAAUUACAGGUUGUGGAUACAAACCUAAAUGAGGCAAGCUUGUAUUUGUGCCUUGUGUAUACAGAUUUAUUGUGGAGUAAAGCCUUCCUUAUUUCUGCUAUUUGUUUUUCUUUUGUUAGAAGGAAUAAGUUUAUGGGUUGGUGUUAAACCAGUGAAUUGGGAUUUAUAUUUGAUUUACUGAAUAAUUUCGUGCUGAAUUUUUGUCUCUAUUUGGAUUUUCUCCAUUGACAUUUGCAUGUCCUGAAAGAGGCUGCACAUUCAGUGAAGUGUUCAGUUGUUCCAGUUUAAUUAGAAACAAUGGUAACUUUUUUUAAAGUGUUACAUUCAAAAGGGCAAAACAGAUUGUGAUCCUUUUUUCACUUCUUUGUGUCUGUUCCUCAAACUGCAAUUAAUCCUCUUUUUUAAAAAAAAGUUGAUAAAGUUUUCUCAGUCGCAUAUUAGCAUCCAUGUGAUUGGAAUGCGGCUGUGCAGAUUUGGGCUGAAUGCCUGAAACAUUUUGGUAUGUUCCCCUUUUUUUAAUCAAUUGGCUGUGUUUUCUUUUAGUUGUUCCCUCCUUCCCAUUCCCUAAUGAUAUUCACAGAAGGUGCAUCCAGAUACAGUUAGUUCAGAAAUUUUAACAAGUUCCUUAACUAGAUGUUAAUUAUUGCUUACAUAUGUCACACAAACAAUAGUCACUCAGCAGUCUGAAGUUCAAUUACUGAGGGACACAUGCUACCCAUGCUUUGUGAGCCAAUUCCAAUUUUAAUCUUUAUUGAAAGAGAUUUUAUGGACCUGCUAAAUUCCAGUGCUGGUUGCUGCUAGUAUAUUUCUGCUGUAGCUGGCCUGGAAACAUUAUUCCAUAUGUUUCCAGUUUUUGUGAUAUUCAUUUGUAAAUAGAUGCCUGGAUGAGAGUGAAGACACAGCUAAAGAUGCAAAUGGUAAUGCAGUUAAAAGUUUAGUUGAGCUUGUGCAAGGUCGUGUGUUUUACAUUGUCACUUAGCUGCUUGAUACUUUGGUGAAAUAAAGGGUUGGGUGGUCACUCAUAGUACAGUAAUUACAUUUUUGCAAGGUUUGUGAAAGUUUGUAGCUCAGGUUGAGGUACAGGGCGUAGGUUUGCUCGCUGAGCUGUUGGUUUGAUAUCUAGACGUUUCAUUACCGGGUUAGGUAACAUCAGAGGUGGCCUCCAAGUGAAGCAAAGCUGUUGUCUCCUGCUUUCUAUUUGUUUGUCCUGGAUGGGGUUCCUGGGGUUUGUGGUGAUGUCAUUUCCUGUUUGUUUUCUGAGGGGUUGAUAGAUGGUAUCCAGAUCUGUGUGUUUAUGGCAUUGUGGUUGGAGUGCCACGCCUCUAAGAACUCUCUGGCAUGUCUUUGCUUAGCCUGUCCCAGGAUAGAUGUGUUGUCCCUGUCGAAAUGAUGGUCGAACACACAACGAAGCUGUAUCAGAACACUAUUCCAACAAGCCACCACACACUGCAGCACAGACGAACUUCAGAAAACAAAGGAGAACCACCUAUACAUAUUUAAGAGCGGAUACUCAAAAAAUACAGUGCGCAGAUUCCUCCAGAAUAAACCACGGCAAACAGACCAAACACAGCCAGAAAUCCUAACCAUCUUACCAUACAUCAAAGAAGUUUCAAAAAUGACAGCCAGACUACUAAGACCCCUCAGAAUCCUAGUAACGUACAAACCCAUCAACACACAAACAAAAACUAACAAACUUAGAAGACCCAGUACAACCCAUGGACAAAACCAAUGUAGUCUACAAAAUUCCACACAAGAACUGCCACAAACACUACCUAGGACAAACGGGAAGAAAGUUAGCCACCAGGAUACACGAACACCAGCUAGCCACAAAAAGACACGAGCCUCUCUCCCUCGUAGCCCUACACACGCAUGAAAAAAACCCACCAUUUGACUGGGACAGGCUAAGCAAAGACAUGCCAGAGAAUUCCUAGAGGCCUGGCACUCCAUCCACAACGCCAUAAACAAACGCA